AUGUCGCGGCCCGCGGCGACGAGACGCAGCGACGAGGCCGGCAGCCCCGGGUGCAGGCGGAGGGCCGAGGCGUGCAGGUCGGCCGCGGUCGACACGGGCGGCAGCACCGCCGUGCCCGACGACAGCGUCGAAAGGAAAAGGUUGAGAGGGGCCAUUGCGCACGGGGGGAUGAGCAAGAAGGCCUCGUGA